AUGCAUCAAAAUCUACGGCAAGCACUUCCUGGUCGCCGUCCUCAUGUGCAGCCACAGCAAGGACAAAUUGACAGCAAACACAACAAGCAAGCCACAUGCGCCCUCCCCGACCUCCUCAUGUCGGCCUCCUGCGCAGUCCCCGCCGGCGGCAACCACAGCAGCACGCGCCGCCCCGCCUCCUCACGCCGCACGACCACCCCCACCCCCGCCCCGCGCCGCCGCCGCCGCCUCCAUCCACGUCGACGUUCUCUUCCCACCUCCCCUCCCCCCGCGCCGCCCACCGCCGAACUCCCUCUGCGGAGCAGGGGAGGUAGGCGGCGCGCCCGGCGAGGUCCCCCGCCCGCCCGCCCGCCCGCCCGCGUCGACCGAUCGGAGAAGAUGAGGCAGAACACAAGUCACCAAGGUCCCAAUGAUCACAGGGUACAAAAGGAAAUGCAAGCAGAAUGGGCAAGACCUGGAAGAGUUUUGAAUAGGAAUACUAACAGAGGCAGUUACUUUCGAAAUUCAUUACCUGGAGUCACUAAGGAGUUUCGUGUUGUGAAAGACAACCGGCAGAAGGUAGUUGGUGAGACUAUACCAGAAUCAUUUCACAAUGAAGACCCUAGCGAUGAACAAAAUACUUCCAAUAGUGGAGACAAAAGCUCAACUGAGAAGUUACCUGCACAACGCCAUUUGGUUACUCAAAGUCCUAGUGGACGUGGAGCAGCUCAAGCUGGUAACGGGUGCAAUAGUGCUGCUCAAGCCCAUGAUAAAAUGGUCAAGCCUUCUAAUGACCAAACAGUGGGACAAUCUGAUGGGAUGAUUGCAACAAUGGUUGGUUCACAUGCAGUUCUAGGAAAGGGCAAUCAGAACAGAGUGCUUGCUGUACCAUCAGGAACAAAUAAUUUUACUGGCGAACUUUGCUGCUCAUCGUCAGAUCCAAUACAUGUACCCUCUCCUGGUUCUAGAUCAGCUGGGACUUUUGGAGCCAUAAAGCGUGAGGUUGGAGUAGUUGGUGCCAGGCAACGGCCAUCUGAUAAUGCAACAACAAACACAUCUACUUCAAACAGUUCAGUUAAGAUGCCAGUGAACACAGGAGCCAAAGAUAAUGCUUCAAAUGGACAGCAAUCUAGAUUCUCUGUUGUAUCAUUGAAAAACUCCCGUCCUACUUCAUCUACACACUUGAGCAGCAGACCACCUUCUUCAAGCCAAUACCAUUCCAAGCCAAACACCCCUGUUGGUCAUCCAAAAGUGAACCCACAAUUGGAGUGGAAACCCAAAUCAGUAAGCCCCAGGCCUGUCAAUCAUUUAGAUAAUGUGGCACAUUCUAGUGCUGCAUCAUCUGUUGAUGGUAAUCAGGCAGACGUGGCUGGCUUGUCUAAGAAGCUUUCACAAGUAGCUAAUACUUCUGAAGAUGAACAUGUCAUCAUACCUGCACACCUCAGGGUGCCAGACUCAGAAAUAAAACAUCUUAUAUUUGGUAAUUUUGAAUGUGACGUUGAGUCAAAGGCUUUUCCAUUAACUCCUGAUGCUUCAGCUAACAGAGAAUUUAAUGCUCAUUCAAGGUCAACUGAUGAUGUGCCUCCUACUGAGCAGACGGAUGUUGUUGGUUCUUGUGGCAUGCUUCCAACAUCGGAUUCUGUUGUUUCAGAACAUCAGCACCCAUUGACUGAGGAUGUUGAGGUCUUGAUUCCUGGUGUUAUUGGAGAGCAUAAGAUAAAUGAGAUGAUUUCAACCCAGGUCUCACAUUCUUCACCUCAACCCCAACAUCAGGACAGUUCAGCUGUGCAUGACUUUAAGGAAUAUGAGCCAGAUUCUAGAUAUGAGUUGUCAUUUAUCACUAAAUCUGUUGAUAGUGAAGCAGCCCAAAUUAUACCCUAUCCAUCUGAGGUGACGAGCUUACAUGCUGCAAAUUUCAAUCAGUUAUCUAUUCCUGUAUCAACGCCACAACCAGUGCCUCAAAUGUACCAACAACACAUGCAUGUACCGCAGUAUCCAAACUGCUUGCCAUAUCGACAUGUUUUCUCUCCAUACUAUGGCCCUCCAAUGGCUGUUCAAAACUAUUCAAGCAACCCAGCAUUUUCACAACUGCCAAAUGCCAGCAACUAUUUGGUAAUGCCGAACGGAACCACUCAGCUAGCACCCAAUGGGAUGAAAUAUGGACAGCCUCAUCAGUGUAAGCAAGUGUUCCCUGGUGGCCCUGCUGGAUACGGUGGUUUUCCAAAUCAGAAUGGCUACCCAGUGAAUACUGGUGUAAUUGGUGGCACAGGUACUGUUGAAGAUGCCAAUAUGGGUAAAUAUAAGGACACCAAUCUUUACGCACUCAAUCCUCAGGCUGAAGCAGGAGAUGUGUGGAUUCAAGCUCCUUCAGACAUUCCAGUCAUGCCACCAACACCAUUCUACAACAUGAUGGGCCAGCCAGUGUCACCCCAUACAGCAUACUUGCCAGCACACAGUGGUCAUGCCCCUUUCAGCCCGGUUCAACAUCCUGCUCACUUGCAGUUCCCGGCCAUGCCCCACGGGAUACAGCCAACAACGAUGACCAUGGUGCAGAACCCACAACCCAUGGUACAUCAGCCAGCUGGUAAUAUCAGCAUUGAUAUGGCAGCCAUGGCUUCUGGAGCUCAGGUUGGAGCUUUUCAGCAAAACCAGCUCAGCCAUCUCGGCUGGGCUCCUCCCAAUUUUUGACGAUGGUUUGGAUGGCAGUGCUCCCCAGAGACAAGGGAGCUGGUUUCGUACCGGCUAGAAGAAGAAAAAAAUGAAGUGAUAUGCCCCAGUGCUAGAAAGAUACUCAUGAUAACUGCCACCUCUCGUUUAUGAUGCAGGAAAAAAACACAUGUUAUUUCAGUUCAUCUAGCACCGUCCAAAACGUGUCCUGCAUUGGAAACACCAAUUUUGACUGCUCGUUUGCCAUCUUAUUAUUUCUGUUUUUA